AUGGGCUUCACCGACCUUGUUUCCGAUGCUGGUCUCUCCAUCCUCAACAGCUGGGUGACGACUCGCUCCUACAUCGUUGGCGAUGCUCCUUCUCAGGCCGAUGUAGCCUGCUACAAGGCCAUCCAGUCUGCCCCCGACGCUGAGAAGUACCCUCACGCCGCUCGAUGGUACAAGCACAUCGCCUCCCACGAGAGCGAUUUCUCCACCCUCCCCGGCGAUGCCUCGCAGACUUACUCCACCUACGGCCCCGAGACCACUGAGCUCGCGGUGAACCCCGCCAAGGCUCCCGAGGGCGGUGAUGACGAUGACGACGUCGACCUCUUCGGAAGCGAUGACGAGGAGGAGGAUGCCGAGGCCGCCAGGAUCCGCGAGGAGCGUCUUGCCGCAUACAAGAAGAAGAAGGAGGCCAAGCCCAAGCUCGCCGCCAAGUCCAUCGUCACUUUGGACGUCAAGCCCUGGGAUGAUGAGACCGACAUGGCUGAACUCGAGGCUGCCGUCCGUGCAAUCGAGAAGGACGGUCUCGUCUGGGGUGGAUCUCAACUCAUCCCCCUUGGCUACGGUAUCAAGAAGCUCCAGAUCAACCUCGUUAUCGAGGACGAGAAGAUCUCCGUCUCCGAGCUUGAGGAGGAGAUCCAGGAGAUCGAGGACUACGUCCAGUCCACCGAUGUUGCCGCCAUGCAGAAGUUGUAA